AUGAAGAGUUUAUUUACAUCUCAGGUCCUUAAAAUCCCUCCAGAAGUGAGUGUUGACGUGAAAUCGAGAAGGGUGACAGUAAAGGGAAAAUAUGGCGAAUUAACGAGAAGUUUUACCCAUUUACCGAUAGAUUUAUCAUUGUCUAAAGAUAAGAAGUCAGUGGUAGUAAGGCUUUGGUUUGGCUCCAGGAGUAAAAUCGCCGCCCUUAGAACAUGUCUAUCUCACAUUGAAAACAUGAUGACAGGUGUUAGUAGAAAAUACCAGUACAAGAUGAGGCUCGUUCAUGCUCAUUUCCCAAUCAACUCAAAUGUGAGUGAUGAUGGAAAGGUGGUUGAGAUUAGGAACUUUUUGGGUGAAAAGAAGCUCAGAGUUGUCAGAGUUUUACCUGGAGUUCACGUCACAAAGUCAGAAUCUGUCAAGGAUGAACUGGUCUUGACUGGAGUUGAUGUCGAAUCAGUGUCACGUUCAGCCGCCCUAAUACAUCAGUCAUCACUUGUCAGGAAAAAGGACAUUAGACAAUUCCUCGACGGCAUUUACGUCAGUGAAAAAGGAAACGUAGAUGAAGCUUAA